GCUGACUCCUCAGCCCAUCGCUUACAAGACCAAGUUCCUGCAUUGCAGUUUGGGAGUCGGUAUGCAGGGACCGAACCCCCGCCACCCCUCCCACCGGGAGUGGGGACGCUAGAAUGCGGGGAAAUCAGGCAGACGGCGACAGGUCGAACAUCGGAUCUUUCUUCUGUACAGAUGUACAUAAAAUCAGAAGUCGGAAUCGAUAGGGAAUCCAUUAGUGCCGGCGGCAGUCGACUCAUACCGUCAUACGGGUGUCCGGGCAGUUGAUGACCAAGGCUCUCGAUCCUACAUACGCCAACACUCUUCACCGGGGCCCGGCACACCCAUAAAGACCAUGGCCCUCCCCCGGGCAAAGAGAGUUCCAUUUCGUACCGAAUACUCAACUCAUCAUGGCGCCCAGAAAAAUCAUCAUCGAUACUGACCCUGGCUGCGACGACAUACUUUCGCUCCUUCUUGCGCUCUCCGCCGACCCCGAAGAACUCGAGAUUCUUCUGAUAUCUGUUUGUUUUGGCAAUGUCGACGUGGAGUGCUGUCUUCGUAACGUCGUAGCGCUGUUCCAUGUGCUGGAUCUGGAGCGGAAGUGGAGAAUUGACAAUGGACGUCCUGCUGGAUUCGGGGCGCUGGGGGCAUGUUGUCCUGUUGUCGCCGUGGGAGCUACGGAACCCCUUGAGGGCACUGUGUUGGAAUACGAUUACUUCCACGGAAUGGACGGGUUACAAGGUGUCCACGAAACUGCACCCCACCUCAGUCCAAAGGAGAUGUGGUCGCAUCUGUUCACCUCCACGGAGCACGGCGAAGCAAUCCCAGAGCUGCCACCGAACUUCACGCCCUCAUCCCAGCCCGCGCACAAAGAGAUCCUCUCGAUCCUACGCGCACAUCCGGCCGAUACCAUCACCAUCGUCGCCACGGGGCCGUUGAGUAACCUCGCGCUUGCGGCCGCCGAAGACCCAGAAACCUUCCUGAAGGCCAAGGAAGUAGUAGUAAUGGGCGGAACGCUCGAGAUCGAAGGCAACGUGACCCCGGCCGCCGAGUUCAACCAAUACGCGUGCCCGGUCUCCGCCGCCCGGAUCUACGCACUGACCUCACCGCGGCCAUCCUCCACGAUGCCGAAAUGCAUCGAUCUCCCCGCGUACCCGGAGGUGCUCUCGCGGAAACUGAACCUGACCAUGCUGCCGCUGGAUAUCACGACGUUCCACCUACUAUCGUUCGAUGCGUUCCACGCCGCAACCAAGGAUUGCGUGCUAGAAGGAUCGCCGCUCGCGGAGUGGGUCGGCACGUUCCUGGGCGCGACGUUUAAACACAUGCAAACGCUGUUUGCGGAGACGAGGCCGCAGGACGUGCACCUCUCCCUGCAUGAUCCGAUGACGAUUUGGUAUGUGCUCACCAGGGAGAUGCAGCCUGACGGCUGGGUGAUACGCGAGGACGUCGAUGUCAGGGUGGAGACGCAGGGACAUUGGACGAGGGGUAUGUCCGUCGUGGAUAGGCGCCGCUGGAAGGCGGAGGAGGAUCUGAGCUUGCCGGUUAGGAAGCAUGAUAGAGGCGUGUGGUUGCAUAAGGGCCAUGGAAAUAGGGUUAGGGUGGCGAUGGAUAGUCGGUGGAAGGGGGAAAUCCUGGGCGAGGAGAUGAUGAGGAGGAUUUUUGGUUGAAUAUGGGGUCUGUGCCGUCUUGGGAAGCCGCUGGGGGUUGAUGCCGAUGGUGGUGUUUUCGGAGGUGUUUUCGACAGAAGGGACAGCCUGUGGAGGAGUAUUUGUGGAUAAUCACAUCUUUAUCUUCAUU